AAGAGGAAGAGCCGCAGCUCAAGUACGCCAGACUGACCCAGAACCUAAGUGCUGUCUACCGGAAUGGCGAUGCGACGAGCUCUUUCUUGGUUGCAGGCGACAAGAUGGUAAACCACGUUGCUUCCACGUGUGGGGUGCCCAAUUGCUGAUGAAGUCGCAGAUCAUCGGAACCCAUAAUGGGAAUAUCAAUGUCCUACAACUCCCGCUAUUCCAAUCCUUGAGAGUCUAUCACGCGCACUCUGCCUCGGUUACCUCAGUCUCGAUAUCCCCCUACCCCCCGCCGCUCCCUAAGCUCAAGCCUGAUGCCGCCGCCCGAGUGGUGUCGCAGGCGACGAAUAGCCCUCUUCGACCCGCAACUCGGGGAUCCGAAGCUCAACCGUCGCCAGUGGCAGCAAGUAGGAAGCCGAAAGGACCGCCCGCAGUUCCAAAUAUCCCGUCAAACAACAUAUAUGUGGCGACAUCGUCGAUGGAUGGCAACGUAUGCGUGCAAUCCCUAAUAGACAUAAAGGAUGUCUCGCUUCGGAAUUUUGCAAGACCAGUCCAGGCUGUGGCUCUCUCGCCGGACUAUAAAAAUGACAGGUCCUACCUCUCUGGUGGCCUGGCCGGGCAAUUGGUGUUGACCACUGCUGCGCCGCCGGGACGGAGUACGUCCACAACGACCGGGACCGCCGCGGCCGCCGCUGGUUGGCUUGGCAGCGUCGGGCUGGGUUCGAACACGGGGAAGGACACCGUGCUUCACUCUGGCGAGGGGACUGUAUCCACCAUCAAGUGGUCGCUGUCCGGAAAAUACGUUGCUUUCGCCAACGAGCAUGGAGUCUGGAUAUGGAGAACGGGGCUCCACCUCGAGAGCUUUGAGGCUGAGGACUCGUGGACAAGAAUCGAGUACGGCCACGUUGAUCGGCCACAGACGGCAGAAUGGGACACCAUGGCUAGCGUCUGGAAGGCGAGACUCGAGUGGAUCGACGAGACUGCCGUCGAGUCUGAGGACCGUGACGAGCCGACGGAUCCUCCAGCAAGCUCCCCGGCUGCUCUGAGACUCAGGCAGCAGCACGUUCAAGGCAGCAGGAGGAACGAGAGACUCCUGAUUGGGUGGGGAGGGAUCCUUUGGUUAGUCAAUGUCAAGCCGGGCGGCAUUGGGGUUGGGACGAACGUGGGCGAAAGGUCCCGCGCCAGUGCUCAAGUAAUUCGAAAACUCCGCAUGGAUUGCAUCAUAUCCGGCAUCUCGUUAUAUACCCAGAAUCUUUUGUUAGUCCUUGCUUACUGUUUGCCCGAGGAGGAGGAGGAGGAGGAGGAGGAGGAGGAGGAGGAGGAAGAGAGAAGGCCGCGUGGGCACAAGCACACCUCAUCUACUGCUUCAGCGGGAAGUGAGCCCGCGGGCGGCAUACGGCGGUCACAGAACAACCUGCGGCCUGAACUACGGCUCAUCGACUUGACGUCAGAGACCGAGACAGCCAUGGAAAGCCUUACCGUUAGCCGUUUUGAGCGCCUCAGCGCGGGAGAUUACCAUCUCGGGGUCCUGCCUGCUCAAAACGUUGCCUCGUCGGUUGUGACAACGCGUGGGGCACUGGAGACGCUUGCUGGUUUCGGCACGGACAUGUGGAAUGUUGCCAUCAACCCCAAGUCUCUCUUCAACUCGGGUGCGAGCAUCAAGAGUAGAGACAGCAACGACGGGGGGUCAAGUUCGAGGGUCGCCAGUACCGCUGGGAGCAUGCUGGCUUCCCAACGAUCUGGAAAGAACUCUGUCCAUCCGAAUCUCCUCAAACCCGGCAUCAAGAUCUUCAUUCACAGUCCCUACGAUUGCAUACUCGCCACCAAAAGAGAUCUGGCUGACCAUUACGUCUGGUUACUGGAGCGCGAACAAUACCAGCAAGCGUGGGAGCUGGUCGACCAACAUCCCGAGAUCUUGAGCGCCGCGGAGAAGCUGCCCGAGCUCGCCCAAGGGACUCCGGAGAGAAGCCAAGGCUCCGAUGACUUCUACGAGGAGACAGCGUCGGUCGUUGAUGAGACGCGUAACUUCUACUCGUCGGCAGAGAAGGAGAAGAGACGGGUUGGCGAGCUGUGGGUCCAAGAACUCAUCGAGGCCGGCGACUGGACCCGCGCCGGCCAGAUCUGCGGCAAGGUCCUGGGGUCGCCCGACAGGUGGGAAAAAUGGGUCUGGACCUUUGCCGGGGCGAACAGGUUCGACGAGAUUGCGAACUACAUGCCGACACAGCCGCUGCACCCGCCGAUACCUGGGACCAUAUAUGAGGUCGUUCUGGGGCAUUACAUCCAGACGGACAAGCCGCGCUUCCGGGACCUGCUAGAGCGAUGGUCCACCGAGUUGUUCGACCUCAACACCAUCUCGACCGCCCUGGAGGACCAGCUCAAGUACCGCGAUGUGCGGGAAGAUAGCGUCGACGACGGAGAGAUUGGGAGAGACUGGCGCAUCGUGAUGGAGAGCCUCGCGAGACUUCACGAGGCGAACGGCCGAAACAGGGAGGCUCUCAAAUGCUACAUCAAGCUCCAGGACGCCGACUCGGCCAUGCGCCUGAUCAAGCAGUCGCACCUCGCCGAUGCCGCCGCCGACGACAUCCCGGGCUUCUUUGCCCUGCGCGUGCCGCAGGAUCGGGUCGGCAAGAUGAGCAGGGCCGAGCUCGAACAAGCCACCCAGGAGGCCGUCACUCUGCUGGUAGACGAAGCCCAGCACGGGCUAGUCAAGCCGGCGGUGGUGGUCUCUCAACUGCAGGAGAAGUCGCUGAAACUCUACAUCUUCUUCUACCUCCGCGGCCUGUGGAGGGGCGAGGGCAUCAUGGAGCACAGCGGCCAGUUCCGCGAGCGGCUCGUCUCCGACAGCAAGUCCCUGGUCGACGACUUUGCCGACUUGGCGAUCCAUCUGUUUGCCGUGUAUGAUCGGUCGUUGCUAAUGGACUUUUUGAAGUCCUCGACGGCCUACGCAUUCGAGAAGGCCACCCAAGAAUGCGAGUCCCUGAACUACAUCCCCGAGCUGGUGUACCUGUACUCCAAGACGGGCCAGAUGAAGCGGGCGCUGUACCUCAUAAUCGACCGGCUCGGCGACGUGUCGCAGGCGAUCGCGUUCGCCAAGGAGCAGGGCGACCCGGACCUGUGGGAGGACCUGCUCGACUACAGCAUGGAUAAGCCGCGCUUCAUCCGCGGGCUUCUCGAGGAGGUCGGCACGGCCAUCGACCCCAUCACGCUGGUGCGCCGCAUUCCCGAAGGCCUCGAGGUGGCGGGACUGCGCGAGGGCCUCAAGCACAUCAUGAAGGAGCACGAGAUCCAGUACAGCAUCAGCUCGGGCGUCGCGCGCGUCCUGCGCAGCGAGGUCGCCGCCGCGCAGAACCUGCUGCGCGACGGGCAGCGCAAGGGGAUCAAGUUCGAGCUCGCCAUCGAGGAGCAGGAGCUUCACGCCGAUGGGGCGAAGGAGCCGAAGGGCAAGGGUGAUAAGCAAGGGGUUGAUGAGGCCGAGACCAGCGAGGCAGGCCCCGGCACCGCAGACGGUGAGGCGGACGGCCGGGAAUCCCACAAGCCCAAGCCGGCAGCGGCGCCGAGGAAGUGGCAGCCCGGCCACUGCGCGCAGUGCCUCGGGCCGUUCACGGAGUGGGAGGCCGAGACGCUCGUGGGCUUCAUGUGCGGCCACGUGUUCCACCUCGCGCACCUGAUGGAGAAGCUCCACCCGGGCGAGCCGGUCGACGCGGACCUCCUCGCGGGCGGGGUGGCCGGGGAUGCGCCGGCGAGGGGGUAUCACGUCGGGCCCAAGGUCACGAGGGCGAGGUUGCUUAGGGAUCGCAUACGGGGAGGGUGUCCUGCCUGUACGAGGAAGGCUUCUAUACAAUAACUAGAUUGAUCCGGGCUCAGGGGUGGAUGCCCUGCUGUUUGCAGGAGCAAUGCCUCUAGCAGCCCGGAGGGAUCCGUCUCCUGAGACGUGCCAGCAUCAACUUUGGAAGUCGAGUUACCCACCCCCCUGUAUAUGCCAAUUUUGAACCACAACCCAUGCAAGAUUUUCCACGGCCAGGCAUUGUGAUGUC